CCUACAAGAGAAGGACAAACUCCAGGUGUAGCAGCUGAAAUCUGUGUGACUGUUAAAGAUGGAGUUUAUUAAAGAGGAGAUUGAAGACAUGAGUGAUCCAGAACCAUCCAGAAUAAAACAUGAAGAUACUGAGGAACAAAUAGAUCAGAUGGAAGUGAAGGAGCAAAGACAGAAACUAAAUGAAGUAAAGAAACACUGUGACUUCAAAACUCAAGGAACAAAAGCCAAAAAGCUGCACACCUGCUCACAGUGUGGAAAGAGUUUCCAAAAUAAAUCAGACCUUAUCAGACACGUGAGAAUUCACACUGGAGAGAAACCGUUUACAUGCACUCAGUGUGGAAAGAGUUUCAGACAUAAAGGAAACCUCAAGACACAUAUUAGAAUUCACUCUGGAGAAAAAACGUAUACAUGCACUCAGUGUGGAAAGAGUUUUUCUCAUGCAUCAGGUCUCAGUUAUCACCUUAAAGUUCAUUCAGAUGAGAAACCUUAUGUGUGUUCUCUCUGUGGAAAGAGUUUUUCAAGGCUGGGUACGUUUAAACUCCACCAGAAAACACAUAAUGAAGUGAAAGAUCAUGUGUGUUGUGAAUGUAGGAAGAGCUUUACUAAACCUUUUCAUCUAAAACUGCACCAAAUGAUUCAUACUGGAGAAAGACCUUACAAGUGCUCAUAUUGUGACAAGCAAUUCAUUUGGUUGAGAUCACUGAAAUCACAUGAGCGAGUUCAUACUGGAGAGAAGCCGUACUGCUGUACUCAGUGUGAGAAGAGUUUCAAAGAUGCAGCAUGUUUGAGAAAUCAUCUGCUCCAUCACUCUGGAGAAAAACCAUUUAACUGUGAUCAGUGUGGUAAAGAUUUUAUUUCAUCAGCAAAUCUAAAACAACACCUGAAAGUUCAUUCAGAUGAGAGGCCUUAUGUGUGUUCUUUCUGUGGAAAGAGUUUUUCAUGGCUAAAGAGUUUUAAACUGCACCAGAAAACACACGAUGAAGUGAGAGGUCAUGUGUUUUGUGACUGUGGGAAGAGCUUUACUACAUCUAGUCACCUGAAACGGCACCAAAGAAUUCAUACUGGAGAAAAACCUUACAAGUGCUCAUCUUGUGACAAGAGGUUCAGUUGGUUGGGAUCACUGAAAUCACAUGAGCGAGUUCAUACUGGAGAGAAGCCGUACCACUGUACUCAGUGUGAGAAGAGUUUCAGAGAUGCAGCAUGUUUGAGAAAUCAUCUGCUCCAUCACGCUGGAGAAAAACGAUUUAACUGUGAUCAGUGUGGUAAAGAUUUUAUUUCAUCAUCAGAUCUAAAACAACACCUGAAAGUUCAUUCAGAUGAGAAGCCUCACUUGUGUUCUUUCUGUGGAAAGAGUUUUUCAAGGCUGGACAGUUUUAAACGGCACCAGAAAACACAUGAUGAAGUGAGAGAUCAUGUGUUUUGUGACUGUGGGAAGAGCUUUACUACAUCUAGUCAUCUAAAACGGCACCAAAGAGUUCAUACUGGAGAAAAACCUUACAAGUGCUCAUAUUGUGACAAGAGUUUCGCUCAGUCUGGAACCCUGAAAAAACAUGAGCGAGUUCAUACUGGAGAGAAGCCGUACUGCUGUACUCAGUGUGAGAAGAGUUUUAGACAUUUACAAAGCCUUCAUGAUCAUAUAAAUAAAUGUUGCAAGUGAGCAACUUUUUUUUUUUUUCAUGUCGAAUAGUAAAUACUGUGAGAUAAAAUAUGGAGUUUUUCCACUCAACAGUCAACAACCCUUACAGUGAUGCUAAAUUGUCUGCUGAUAGUUAUGAGAAAUAAAAUAGAAAUAACAUCUUUGUCUUGAUUGAUCUUCUUAAUGAACACAGAGAAGGAGUUUAGUUUUGAACACAUUAAUGAUUUUUUUUAUCAUUCUAUUUUAAUACUGUGAUAAAUAUUGUAGAUGCAAAGUCCUAGAAUAACUUCACUAGUAUUAUGGAGGCAGUAAAAAUGGGUUCUUACUCAUCACAGAAGUCGGUCCAAAGUCUGUAAACAAGUGCGAGUUUAAUCAAAAUACAAAAAUAUACACAAAUCCUGUUGGUUCUUGUAUUCUAUAAUGUUACCUUUGUCUUGUGUUUCCCUCUGACCCUCUUCGGUCAUUUUUGACCGAAAAAUUUUAUAUUUUGAAAUCGUAGCUUCAUCGGAAUGAGAUGACACUUAGUGACUUUUGUCGCAUUAGCAAUAUGAACACACACAAAAAAAAACAAGGACAUGAUUCGGACAUGUUAAAGGGUUGUAAAAAAAAAUAGUCACACUUACCUUCUUUGCGGUCAAAAAUGACCAACAUAGGAAAUGAAUGGGAAAUACGAAAAAAUACGAAAACUCAGAGAAUCUUUUGUUGGUACAAACUACAAAUCAGCCUCUGUGCAGAAAAAACAGCAAUGAAGGGGUGACACUCCUAAAUGCCAAGAGUGCAAAAUAGAGACAAAGUGUCAAUAUUUUGUGUGACCAUUAUUUUCCAGCACUGCCUUAACCCUCUUGGGCAUGGAGUUCACCAGAGCUUCACAGGUUGCCACUGUAGUCCUCUUCCACUUCUCCAUGACAACAUCACGGAGCUGGUGGAUGUUAGAGACCUUGCGCUCUUCCACCUUCCGUUUGAGGAUGUCCCACAGAUGCUCAAUAGGGUUUAGGUCUGGAGACACUCUUUAGCAAGGCAGUGGUCGUCUUGGAGGUGUGUUUGGGGUUGUUAUCAUGCCCUGUGGCCCAGUCUCCGAAGGGAGGGGAUCAUGCUCUGCUCAUUCAUGGAUCCCUCAAUGAACUGUAGCUCCCCAGUGCCGGCAGCACUCAUGCAGCCCCAGACCAUGACACUCCCACCACCAUGCUUGACUGUAGGCAAGACACACUUGUUUUUGUACUCCUCACCUGGUUGCCGCCACACGCGCUUGACAGCAUCUGAACCAAAUAAGUUUAUCUUGGUCUAAUCAGACCACAGGACAUGGUUCCAGUAAUCCAUGUCCUCAGUCUGCUUGUCUUCAGCAAACUGUUUGCGGGCUUUCUUGUGCGUAAUCUUUAGAAGAGGCUUUCUUCUGAUCCACACCUGCACCCAGUCAGCUCAUCAUCUCAUGGAUUCCCUGCACCUGCACAUCAACAUUAGCACUUCCUAUAAAUACUCACUUCUCCUGCACUCCCUUGUCUGGUCUCGUCAGCCUUACCAUGUUGUUUUGCCUGACCCACUUACCUGUUGAUUACUUGUUCCUGUGACACAUCCUAGUUCUCCACUGCUGCUGUUCUCCUUUAUCUCCACACUCCUCAGCUCCCUCCGGAUCCCCUGGGACACACAAAGACACCCUCAGACUCAGAUAAGCCACACAAGACUUUCCCAUUCCCGCUCGCUUACCUGGACUGUCCUCUCGCCUGUGUUGUUUCCAUCACUGUUGAAUAAACCUGCUGUUAUUUGUACCACUUACUUCUGUGUCCCUUGUCUAUCUGCUGACAGCUAUAUAGAAAUCUAGUGGUUACACUAUGGCACUAAUCUACCUUUAUAUAUAUAUAAAAAAAAAAAAAAAAAAAAAAAAAAAAAGGAUUUUAAAUGCUUUCUCUAUUUUAACAUUGAAUACUGCUUUAAUUGAAAAAUAAUUAAAAAAAAAUAUAUUUUUUCAAUGGGGGAAAAAUAGCUAAUAAAAAUUGUUUACAAUUUCUGGUUGUACUACUAUUGUUGUUUUUCUCUCUUUAUUUCUUUCCUCUAGUUUUUAGACCUUAUCUGACAAUCAUGAAUGUUGAUUAAUGUACAUUGUACAGAAAUUUUAAUUGUCAUGCACAUCAAUCUAUAAAACUUUGCAGACCUUUUACAUUCACAAACAGAUUGCUUAAAAUGUAAUAUUUGAAAAAACAUAGACCUUAUUCCCAGCAGCGCCAUCUUUGAUUAUUUUUAACGGGAAUGAAAGCAAGGCUGUGAGGGAUAGACAUAUAUCUCUUCAGUGGGUUGUACUGUUACUUAAUUUAACGUGUUUUUUAACUGUUCUGCUGACGAAACACUGCAAAAAUAUUUUUCCAAGAAAUUUAAGUUGACAAAAAGUGUGAUGUCACACUGCUCAGGCCCCUCCCACAGCCGCUGACUGACAGUCCUCCAUUUCUAUAGUUUCUGCCCUCAGCGAGUUGUGCAUUGUCCGCCAUUUCUCUGCACUCUAGCAGCUUUACCGACAACAGCAAUCCUGGUGUUCUGUUGUUGGAUGUAAGAGUGAACAUAAGAGUCUUCAUUUUCUCCCAACAUCUGAACCACUGAGGACGCAGUCGAUUAGUUUUACUUUUGAAGGUAUUAUAUAAUAUUAUUUAAUUUGUUUGUCUGUGUAAAUCAUUUCACUCCAGACUGCUUUGUGAACGAGGGGCAAUGCAAAGGGACAAAUUUUUUUAUUUUAUUUAAUUCUUUAUUUGACAGGGACAAUGGACAGUAAAUAAAACUGCCCCAGAAUUAGCUACAGAGCUAAAUUUCAUCUGCUGUCCCUAGGCAGGGGUUAACUAGGACCAA